GUGCCCCGCAGACUCGCGCGCAGGAGAGGAGCAGCUCCAGCCUCAGGCUCCACCACGGUGACCACCACUGCCAGGCUCCAGCUGGGCCAGCAUGCGGGAGCGCGGCCUCUUGACUCAUGAAUCACCGCUGGAUGGGAGCAGAAGAGCUAUGGAUUGUGACUCGUGUAGAGCGGGCACCUGAGUGCAUGAUGUGAAGUGAUGCAAGGAAAGCUUUGAAAUAUCAGGCGCUAUUCUGAAGGGGUCCAGCAUGGCGUCUCCGGGUGACUAUCAACACUUCCGGGGCAUAGUCCCGGAAAGAAAGAUCCAGGUGGGCAUGCAUCAGAACAAGCACUUCCGCUACUACGAGUUUGGGCCCAAGCGGCUGGACCCCCUCAUCUGCCUGGGCGGCGCCGCCUCCACUGCAGACUGCUUCUACAAGCAAGUGCUCGCGCUCUCCUCCAAGGGCUACCGGAUCAUGGCCGUUGACGCCCCAGCUUUGUGGACACACGCGGAGUGGAUGGCGGCCUUCGACAAGUUCCUGGACUCCCUCCGCAUCAACCAGGUGCAUCUGUAUGGCACCUCCCUGGGCGGCUUUCUGUGCCAGCUGUACGCUGCAUACCGGCCGCGGCGCGUUAGGUCGCUCGUCCUCUCCAACACCUUUUUGGACACCAAGAACUACCACGAAGAGCUCAGCUGGAGCUCUUUGUUUCAGUGGACCCCCGAGUUCAUGCUGAAGCGCAUCAUCAUGGCCGGCCUGGGGGAAGGCUACCGAGAAGCACAUAUUGCAAACUCCAUCGACUUCGUCGUCAGUCAGUUGGAGACGCUGCACCAGCAGGAGCUAGCGUCGCGCCUCACGCUCAUGAGCCAGCUGGGCGCCGUGGGGCACAUCCAUGUGUCAGAUGACGUCAUCACCAUCAUGGACACGAACGACUACUGCGCAGUGAAGCAGGACGCACGGGAUGCACUGUAUAUACGUUAUCCCGGGGCGCGGCGCGCCUUCCUCAAGAGCGGCGGCGACUUCCCCUUCCUGAGCCGCGCCGACGAGGUCAACCUGCACCUCCAGCUGCACCUGCGACGCGUUGGAGUCGAGCCCGAUGCGUCCGCAGCCUCCCCUGCGCCCUCCCCCGCCCGGGAGACCGUCUUCUCCUCAUCCCGCUACGACUCUGAUACUACGACCACCAGCGCCGACGAGGGACCCCCCCUAGAAAGGCCCUCGCGCAGGGAGCAAUCCGGGGGGGUGAGCGAGGCGCCCCCUGCAGGGCACGACGAGCAGCGAGCAGCCCCCCACGAGGAGGAGAGCGUGGGCGCGCAUCUGGCGUACAAAAAGGACCCGCUCUGGGCGGCGCUGGCGGAUGCGGAAGCCAGCGUGUGGGAGGACGCGCUAGAGGAAAGGGCGGGCUCUGGCCGGGGGGGCACCCCAGGGUCGAAAGAACAGGAGAAAGCGCACGGGGAAGGACCCCGGGAGAGCGAGCCGGGGCCUGAGGCGCAAAGCCCUGCCUCGCCUGACGCGGGAAAGACCGCUCACGCUGAUCAGGACGUGGCUAAAGCACGCGAGAGCGGCGCACCUUCUGAUGGUCAGGGAGAGGCGAACGGAGGUCAGGAAGGAGACAAGGAGCGAGCGCAGGAGAGGCACGGCGGCGGUGCGGUGGCGGCAUCUGGGGAGAGCGACGAAGGGGGGUCGAGCGAGGAGGACGAGGAAGGGUGGCGCAAGGAAGAGGGCGCUGACCCGCUGCUGUGGGGGGCGGGGCGGGCCGGGGACAAGGAGCGGCAGGAAGGGGCGGGGGAUCCCCUGUCCCGGGCGAGCAGCCUUGCGGACCGGGAGGAGGUGCCGGACACGCUGGGCAAGCGGACAAGCGGGCGGCUGUGAGAAGUGCCGCUCGGGGAGGACGGGAGAGCGGUCGGGGGUGCGUGUAUGGGGGCACGGAGAGUCACUCAAAAAAGGGAGUCGGCAUGGAAGGAUGCCCGGCGGUAGUCGGGGUGAGCGGUCAAUUCUUGACGGCUGAUACGGCCACAGUCCAAUUGCGGGUAGCAAACAAUAUCUUUCUUGUAUACACUCAUAGGUUCGUUAGCACGCAAGCUGAAGAAGAGGCGAUUCUGACUGGAAAAUAAAAAUAAACCCGUGAUUUAGCAUGGAUUGACAGAUGGUCGAUGAUCGGGCACUUUGCUCAGUAGUGCCAGCUGUAAGACUCCCGUAUGCGCUUGCUGCUGAAGUGCCUCAAUGCAAACAGUCACGCCCUUCGCAAACCGGAUUAGUGCACCUUUGGACGCUUUGUCCCUUUACCAGCUUAGAUCAACCAUGACGCACGCCUUUAGCUCAUGAGCGUAG